CGGAUGUGCGUCAGUGGCGGCGCGCCCGGCCCGGCCCGGCCCGUCCGGCGCGGCCGCCGCGAUGAACAGCGUGGGCGAGGCGUGCACCGAGCUGAAGCGCGAGUACGACCAGUGCUUCAACCGCUGGUUCGCAGAGAAGUUCCUCAAGGGCGACAGCGCCGGCGACCCCUGCGGGCAGCUCUUCAAGCGCUACCAGCUCUGCGUGCAGAAAGCAAUAAAAGAAAAGGACAUACCCAUUGAAGGCCUGGAGUUCAUGGGCCCAAGUAAAGGAAAAACUGAGAACUCCUCCUGAUGUUGGCAGUAUGGGUGGAGUCACCAACAGCAGCCUUUGGACUGAGCACCAGCACCAGGUGUGCCACAGGUGCCACCAGGAGAAGACCUUUGUUAACUGCUUUUUAGGAAGUGACAAAUGUUCUCUGCUUGUGAAAACAAACAGCUAAAAGAAAAAAAAAACUGGAUAAUGUGGUACCUGCUGCCUCCUUGCCAGUGAAACUUGGUGGUGGUUCAGCAUCUGACAGCUUAAAAAUCCAUGUGAGCUUCCUACUGAAUGUACUCUGCAGUGGGGAAUGCUCGUUGGAGUGGGCUGGGAUGGGUUCUCUGUGACUGAUUUCUCUUGCUUAUUUAUAUAACACUUGAAAGUGUUUAAAAAGAAUAUGAAGGGGGUUGAUGUACUUGUUAUCAUCUCUGUGCUUCUGAAUUUUGGUGAUGAAAUUAGUUUCAUGUAAUCCUGAAGGGCUUAAGCACUGUUUUGUGUCAGCUGCAGAGAUGGUUUAAGAGCACUAGUGGACCUGCAACAGCUUGGCUAAAAUAAAUACAACCAGGUUUAUUUUGUUCAAGUAGGUAACUGUGCAGUAGAGUCUGAUUGUGCCCCCUGGGAGGGAUGGAAGUGCCUGCUCAGCCCCUGAGGAGAAGACUUUUAAUGCAGAGGCUACUUCAGCCUUUCCUGAGGUACUAACACAUCCAUGAACUUGGAAUUCUCUCUCCUUUAGCAUUACACAUCUCUGUGGUUUGAUCCUCACACAGGGAUGGGGCAAAGCUUGCCCCUCUCCUUACAUCAACACAGGGGAAAAAGAUAUUAUGGACUGGGGACAAAAGAUAACUUCAUAAUUGUGGAAUUACAGUGAGGAAAAAAGAAAGCUUCACUCUCUGCUUUUAAUUACUACUAAUUAAUUAAAGAUUCUACUUAAAAAAAGCAAAACUGAAAAGGUGCAGUUCUCCAGCAUCAUAGCUGGCCUGUCUGCAGCACAGCCCCUCACAGAGCCCAGACCCUGAGUUCUUGUGCAGAGAAUCAGGAGCUGCUGGAGCCUGAGGCUGUUCCUGUGCCAGAGCCAGGUGAGCCACACUCCUGUUCUCAGGUGCAGAGAGCUCCUGCAGUGUCAGCACAGGGCUUAAAUACAGCACUGAAAAACCAGGCUGUUGGCAGAGUGCAGCAGGUCUGAGGGAAGGAUCUAUAAAUAGCAUUUGGGAGAUGGUUGACUCUGUAGCUUUUCUUUUUUAAGGAAUAACACACAAAACCAGUUUGCUUUUUUGUGAUCUUCA